AUGGAAAAAAAUACCGACAUCUUUGGUAUUGCCAAUGAUAGGGCAAGAAACAUCAGAGACUAUGUUGUUUUUGACCCAACAUUCAUGAGUACUGGCGUUGUCUUGCCAAAGAUCACUACAGCCCAAUUUAAGUUCAAGCCCAUGAUGUUUCAAAUGUUACAAACCACUGGUCAUUACUCUGGAGCACCUACUGAAGAUCCUCAUCUACAUAUGAGGCAGUUCCUGGAUGUAGCUAGCAACUUCAAAAUUCCAGGCGUGACCGAUGAUGCCUUCAGGCUCAGAUUGUUUCCUUAUUCUCUAAGGGAUAGAGCCAAAAGUUGGUUGAAUUCCUUAGAGCCUAAUUCCAUUGCUACAUGGAAUGACUUGGCUGAGAAGUUCUUGGCUAAGUAUUUUCCUCCUUCAAGGAAUGCAAAGAUGAGAAAUGAAAUUACCUCAUUCAGGCAAGGAGAUGAUGAGUUACUUUUUGAAGCUUGGGAAAGAUUUAAAGAAUUAUUUAGGCAAUGCCCUCACCAUGGUAUCCCCAUUUGUAUUCAACUUGAGACAUUUUACAAUGGGUUGGUUCCAUCAUCAAGGAAAAUGCUUGAUGCAUCUAGUGGAGGAGCGCUAUUGUCUAAGUCUUAUGAAGAAGGAUAUCGAUUGAUAGAAAGUAUCACGACCAAUACGUAUCAAUGGCCUACAGCAAGAGCUAAUGUGAGUACAACUCAGAGAAGGCCAGCUGGAGUUCAUGAAGUUACCGAGACUACUUUACUUGUUGCACAAGUAGUACAAAUUCAUAAGAUGAUGAAGAGUUUGAUGACUCCAGACACACCUAAACCUGAUCCAGUAAAGGUGGUCACAGACGCAUUAGAGGUUUCUUGUGUCUACUGUGGAGGGGUACAUUUGUUUGAAGAGUGCACUGUAAAUCCAGUUUCAGCAAACUAUGUUGGAAAUAACAACAUAUACAACAACCCUUACAACAACACUUACAAUCCUGAAUGGCGAAACCACCCAAAUUUUUUAUGGAGCAACAGUCAAGGUCAAUCAAAGCCUCAAAAUACCUAA